GGCACUGCACCUGGGGGGUACCUGAAUGAUGUCAAAGCCGGGUCAUUACCAACAUGUGUUUACCCGGUUGACACUGCUCCCCUCACCCACCGUCGCGUGGUGGCUUUGUUCGGUGUCAACCUAGGAGCAGGCCGUUGCUUGCCACCCGCAUCCGAUACCCGAUUCGUUAUGACGUUUCUCUGCCUGCCCCUCCAACAGGGCAUACAAUCCUGGGAGAUGCCUUUACAUCAUGAGGGAGUGGGUGUGUACUUAAGAAUGAAAGGCGAGACACACACAUCAUGCAACACAUCUUACUCUUUCAGGCGACAUCGCUGCAGCACUGGCCAUGGUGGAGAGAAACACAACCGCACACGCAAACGCACAGACCUACUCCCCGUCCCCGGACCUGUCGGAGCAGUCGGAGCAUCGGCCGAGCCACUCGAGCGCGUCCAGUACAGUGGUGCAUGAUGAUGUCGAGAAGCAGAAUGUAGACCCUUCGUCCGAGGAGGGGAAAGAUCCCAAUAUCGUGGACUGGGAUGGCCCGGACGAUCCGGAAUAUCCCCCAAACUGGUCGGAACUCCGCAAAUGGACGAUCACGAUAAUUCUGGGGUUGAUGACCGUCUCCGUGACAUUCGCCUCGUCCGUCUUCAGCGCCGCGGCGGCGGUCACGGCGGAGCAAUUCGGGGUGUCGGAGGAAGUGAUGAUCUUGGGGACGAGCCUCUUCGUGCUGGGGUACAGCUUCGGGCCGCUGGCCUUCGGCCCGCUGUCCGAACUGUACGGACGCAAAACCCCGCUGUUCGUGGGCUUCUUCAUCUUCGCCAUCUUCCAGAUCCCCGUGGCGGUCGCCCAGAACCUGCAGACAAUCUUCGUGUGCCGAUUCUUUGGGGGGUUGUUCGCCAGCGCCCCGCUGGCCAUCGUGGGCGGCAUGCUGGCGGACUUCUUUGACCCCGUAGAACGCGGCAUCGCCAUGGCCGUCUUCGCGGGCAGCACCUUCGUCGGCCCCGUGGCGGGCCCCAUCGUCGGCGGGUUCAUCACGAUGUCGUAUCUGGGCUGGCGCUGGACCGAGUACAUCACCGCGAUCAUGGCCUUCUUUUUUGGGGCGCUGGGGUUUCUCGUGGUGCCCGAGACCUUUGCGCCGGUGCUGCUGCAGCGCCGUGCGCGGCGGCGGCGCUACGCCACGCGCAACUGGGCGCUCCAUGCGCGCUCCGAGGAGGAACCUGUCGACCUGAAGAACAUCGCGCACCGGUACCUCGUGCGGCCGAUCCACAUGCUCUUCCUCGAGCCGAUCCUGCUGCUGAUCACCCUGUACAUGGGCUUCAUCUAUGGGUUCCUGUAUCUGUGCUUCGAGGCCUACCCGAUCGCCUUCCAGGAGAUGCGCGGGUGGAAUGAGGGGGUCGGGGCUUUGCCGUUUGUCGCGGUGACGUGUGGAGUUCUGGUGGGUUGCGGGAUUAUCAUCACCUUCACGAAGACGCGGUUCCAGGCCGUGCUCCGCCGUGAGGGGCAUAUCGUCCCCGAGGAGCGGCUGAUUCCCAUGAUGAUCGGCGGGGUGUUGUUGCCGGCGGGGAUGUUUUGGUUCGGGUGGACGUCCAAUCCGUCUAUCUCCUGGGUGCCCCAGGCCAUCUCGGGGGGUUUCCUGGGAGCGGGGAUCUUGUUGAUUUUCAUGCAGGGGUUGAAUUAUAUCAUCGACUGCUAUGGCGUCAACUCCAACUCGGCCAUCGCAGCCAACUGCUUUUUCCGGUCGGGGCUCGGGGCGGGGUUUCCCAUGUUCGCGUUGCCCAUGUUUCACAACCUUGGGGUGAACUGGGCGAUGACACUGCUGGGAUGCUUGACGGCCAUUUUGUUUCCGGUGCCGAUCCUGUUCUAUGUGUUUGGGAAGCGGAUCCGGUCGUGGAGCCGGUUUAGUCCGAGUGAAGAGUAGACUUCGUGGUCUGCUGGUAGGGUUGGUGGGGGCGAAUUCUUGUAUAUACCAGCUGGAAUGUGCACAUAGGGUAUUUUGACGAGAUCAUGAUUGAUUUUCUUGUCUGUCAGAUCUUCUGUGAUUCUCCCGAGACAGAGCAUCUGUCUUUGAUCCUGCUUUCCGCUGUAUGCUCACUCGGUAG